AUGAUGAAACAUCCAUUUUCAAACAAUCAUAUAAUAAAUGGAAAUAACAAUAACAAUAAUUUAAUAAAUGGUAAAGUUGGAAUUUUUUGGAACUUGUUUGAAACACCAUUACCAAUCCAACAAUAUUCCAUAUCCCACAUUUUAAAUCAGUUAAAGUUUUAUGCCAACUCUUUGGGUUACAUAAAACAGUUUACUAUUAUUUCCGAUAUUUCGAAUGCCGGAAAUUCUGUUACCCCAUCAACUUAUAAUAUAAUAAAACAAGAAAUUUCACAAUUUGGUGGAAUCCAAUAUUUUGAGAUUUUCCAAAGUGAUAGAUCAGAAUUAGUAAGCAAAAUAUGGGAGUUCAUUUUUGAUAAUUACCAUGAAGUUUCAAAUGGAUUACAUAUCAUAUUAGUGGACAGAUUUGCAAAUGAUAGUCCUAUUAUCAAACCUUUGACAAUGAGAGGAAUUAAAAUUUCCACUCUUGUUAGCCCUGUACCAACAUUUCACAACCAAAAUCAAAAUAAUAAUAACCAAAAUAAUAACCAAAAUAAUAAUAAUAAUAAUAAUAAUAAUAAUAAUAAUAAUAAUAAUAAUAAUAAUAAUAAUAAUAAUAAUAGUCAAAAUAAUAAUAAUAACCAAAAUAAUAAUAAUAAUCAUAUAAAUCAUAUAAAUCAAAAUAUAAAUAAUGUAUCAAAUGAAACACAUUCUUUUUUUUCUGAAAAUAUAAAUUAUAGUUUAAAUCCAUAUAGCGAUGAUUUAUCUUACAACGGCAAUGGUUGUAAUUUAAAUGGCAAUAAUAAUAACAAUAAUAACAACAACAAUAACAAUAAUAAUAGUAAUAGUAAUAGUAAUAUAGUAAUAGUUACUCAAAUGAGUAGCCCAAUUUUAUCACAUCAUAAUCAAAAUAAUCAAAAUAAUUUAUCAGGUUUACAUUUCAAUAGUUUAAGUAGCUAUGGAAACAAUAGUAAUCCUAUAAAUAAUGGCCAACAAAGCCAAAUUCACCAUAAUAUUAAUAAAUUAAAUUUAAAUAAUCCACCACCCCCAAGUAAUCCUUUAACAUCAGGAUUAAGUUAUUCACCAUUACAAUCACCAAAUUCUCAAUCUUUGGCAAAUUCAUCAGCAAAUAUUUCAUCAAAUGCAUUAAAUCAAUCAUCAUCAUCACAACAACAACAGCCACAAUCAACGUCCCAACAACAACAACAACAACAUAAAAUGAAUAGUAGUAGUGGAAAUAUUUCACCCCCAUUACCACUUUCAAUAUCACUCGGGCUUUGUAGAGGAGGUAGUAGUAAUAUUUCUCCUUUACCAUCUCCUUCAUUAUCAUCAUCGUCAUCUGGCUCGGCAUUAUCACCAGCUACGUUAACUUUGAUUAUGCCUUCAACUUUCCAAAGUGGAAGCUCAAUUACUCCAAAAAAUUUAUCACCACUAUCUUCAUCUGCCCCAAAUACUCCAAAGCAAUUCGCCUCUUUGUCCUCUUCUUCUUCCCCAUCCUCUUCAACAUCAAGUUCUUCAAAUUCUUUAUUAAAUAACGGAGUUUUAUCUCACUCUUUGUCUUCACUCCUCUCAUUAUCCCAACCACCAACUCAACAACAACAAAUCCAACAACUUCACAUUCAACAAUUACAACAACAACAACAACAACAACAACAACAACAACAACAACAACAACAACAACAACAACAACAACAACAACAACAACAGCAACACCACCAUCAUCAACAGCAACAACAACAAUCUCCACCUCAAAACCAAAAAAAUAAUCAACAAAACCAAAACCAAAACCAAAACCAAAACCAAAACCAAAACCAAAACCAAAAUCAAAAUCAAAAUCAAAAUCAAAAUCAAAAUCAAAAUCAAAAUCAAAAUCAAAAUCAAAAUCAAAAUCAAAAUCAAAAUCAAAACCAAAAUCAACAGAACCAACAUCAACAGAAUCAACCAAAUAAUAUUAAAUUCCCAUCAAAUUUUAAUGAUAAUACAACAUUACAAAACUUGUACACCGUCAUUCAAGGAUUAAAAGAGGAUGGGUUUAAACCAACUUUUAAAGUAAUUCUUCCAAGAUUAGGUGCAAUGAUGGGAAUGCGUGUACAUAGAUCUCAUUUUGAAAAAAUACUUGAAAAAGCCAAGACUCACAGUUUCAAUAUUGACUAUACCACCAAAACUAUUUACUAUAAGGAUGAUAAUUUUGGUGGUGCUGACCCUCAUAAGGCUGAAAAAUGUCAUUUCACUGAGGAAGAAAUUCAAGAAUUGGUCGAUUUAAUUGAAACAACACAGAUUAAAGUUUUUCCAAGUAGAUAUAAUAUGGUAAUGUGGGUAACCUCCCAAAAUUUACCUCUAAUCAGUAAAUUAAAACAAGGCCAAAUAGUUGAACUCUGUCAAAUCACAAUCAAUGAAAAUAUUGUAUCCUUAGAUGAAAAUUUAAAGAAAACAACAACCACAACUGAGCCCCAAAAUAAUAAUAAUAAUAAUAAUAAUAAUAAUAAUAAUAAUAAUAAUAAUAAUAAUAAUAAUAAUAAUAAUAAUAAUAAUAAUAAUAAUAAUAAUAAUAAUAAAAAUAAAUAA